AUGAUUAUUCGGCAUAUUUAUUAUUCAUUACUCAUAUUAAUACAAGUAUUUAGUUUAAUUAAACAAACUUCUAGUUGCCCUAUUCCAUUUAAUAUUCAAUCAAAAUGCCGAUGCGCAAUAACUGAAAUAGGACGUGUUUAUAUUUAUUGUGCACGAAAACAAUUAAUUGCUGUACCUGAUUUUGAUAAUAGCAAUAUAAUUUUCGAUGAAUUAGUUUUAUCCGGUAAUCGAAUAUCCACUGUACAUAAAAAUGCUUUCAAUGGAUUAAAAUUGCGUAAACUUGAAUUUCAAUUAAAUCCACUAAAUUCAAUUGAAAGAAAUGCUUUUAUUGAUUUAUCAAAUUAUUUAGAAGAACUCAUUUUAUCGACAACACUAUUAUCGUCCGAAUUAAAGUCAAGUACAUUUAUAGAAAUUUUAUCUGAAUUACCAAAUUUAAAACGUUUAUUUCUACGCUCAUUCGAUUUAUCGAAUUCGUUUAGUAUUUCGAAUGCAAAAAUUGCUUUAACAGCAAGAAAAUUAACUCAACUUUCAUUACAGUCAUGUUCAAUUAAACAAAUUGAUGAUAUUGAUAAAUUUGUUAGUUUAUUUCCAAAUUUAGAACGAUUAGAUCUAUCAGAAAAUCACAUGGAAUAUUUUAAUAUUCCAUUAAUAUUAUCAUUGAAAAAACUAAAGAUUUUAAUUUUAAGUAAAAAUAAAAUUCAUCAUUUAAACAUACAAUCAACAAUAUCAUCAUUAACAUUGCAUCCAUCAAAUUCAUUGGUUGAACUUGAUUUAUCUUAUAACGGUAUUGAAACUAUAGACGAACAUAUUUUUGAAAUAAUAUCAUCUCAACUUGAAAUCUUAAAUUUACGUAACAAUGAAUUGGUAACAGAAAAACACUUAACAUUUCUUAUUCAUCUAUAUCAUUUACGUGAAUUUUAUUUUGAUUAUAAUCGUCUCGAAUCCAUUAAUCAAUUAUAUUUACCAUUGAAUUUAAAAAUAUUAUCAUUAAAAAAUAAUCGUUUAAAUUAUAUUAAUCUGUCUAUAUUAACACGUCUGGGACAUUUAGAAAAAUUAUAUUUAUCAUCAAAUAAAUUAACGCAAUGGUCAUCAACGAUAAAUAAUAUUUUUCCAUCAUUAGAAAUUCUUGAACUUGAUCGAAAUUAUCUAUCUGUUAUUUCAUCAUUAAAUGCACCGAAAUUAAAACAAUUAAAUUUAGAUGAAAAUUAUUUAGGAAAUAAAAUUGAUAAAAAAAUAUUUUCCAAUUUACCGUCUCUUGAGAGACUUCAAUUACGUGAUAAUCAAAUUGAAUCUAUUGAUAUCAAUGCAUUUCGAAACAGUCGUUUACAAGCGCUCGAUUUAACAAAUAAUAGUUUUACACUAAUGCCUCUUUUAAAUAAUCUUAAUGAAACACUACAAAUUUUAUCUCUUCGACUCAAUCAAAUUCGUACAAUUGACAAAUUAACGAUCAAUUCUUAUCAAGCUCUUCUUACAUUUGAAAUCGAUAAAAAUCCAUUAGAUUGCGAUUGUCACUUAUAUAAAAUUAUUCAAGAUUUAAUUCGUUCGAAAACUAAACUAACUGGUCAAUGUCAAACACCAUCCAAUCAUCGUAAUAUUAGUCUUAUUGAUUUAUCCGAUGAGCAAUUAUCAUGUCAUAUAAAUACUUUAUCUCAAAAUGCAUUUUUAAUGAAAAUAGAACCAGAACCAGAAACAACUACAACAACAACAACACUAAUGAUGACAUUCACAACAACGAUAGCAUCCACCACUACAUCGAUGGAGACGCCAAUCCAUGUAGAUAUAGUUAAAGAACUUGUUGAACACACUCGGGAAGAAGAGCUUUUUUUACCAAUAGCAACGACAACAGCCGAGAGAACAAUAGUAGAACGAAUUCGCAUAUCUGAUUUAGUAAUAACACCAAUAAAGAAUAAGACUCAUGUAUUAAUCCAAUGGGAACUGCAUCCAUUGAUGAAUGAAGAACAUUUAAAUGAUGAACAUCGUCGUCGUAUAAAUUUAAAACGUCAUGAUAUAAGUGGUUUUAAAUUAAGUUUGAAUUCGCCAAUUUACAAAAUGAGUCAAUUACUUGAUGCUUUACAAAGAAAUUAUACAAUAGAUUAUAUUGAAGAAGGUGAAAUAUGUUUAUUUUUACUUCGAAAAAUUGAUUAUGAUAAAUUUUGUAAACAAAUACAAUUUUUCUCAACAAGUCUACCGACACAAACAUUAAAAUCGUCGCUUAUUCUCGAUUCUAAAUCAAUACAACCAUUUUGGCAUUUAAAUGAACCAUCAAAAAGUAUCUUAAUUGGUUCAAUACUAGGUAUUUUAUUAGUACUUAUUCUUCUUCUUCUCAUUAUUUUAUUAAUAAAACGUUGUCCAUCCUUAUUAACAUGCCGUUUACGUGCAUCAAAAUAUCAUCAAAAUAAUGAUUCAAAAAGUGAAACACUACUGGUACGUCCAACUCCAACAAAUACUAUUCCAUGGUCACCAACAUCGGUACCAUUAGCAUCAACACAACCAUAUUUUUAUCAGCCCAAUCAUCAUCAGCAUCCUCUUCACACACGACCUAUUAGUUAUCAACCAAGUAUUUCUACUCAAUGUACAUGUCCAACUCAUUAUCAUAGUAGUGGUUCAUCAGCCACCGAUGCUAGUGCAAGUUCUAAUCCAGAACAAAAUUAUCAUAUUUAUCAAGAAAUUUUAAAUGAUGAUUAUAAAGCACAAAUAAUAUCGAAUAAUUUUCGAGCCUGUCGUCCGCUACAUAUUGAUACCAACUCCCCGCCAACAUCAACAUCCUCAAAUGCAACGACGACGACAAAUCCAGAACAGUGUCAACUUUGUUCGCUUAGUGUUCUUGUAUAA